ACCGCCACGCGACCAUGUCGCCCACACCUCUACAACGCCAAUCCCAUGCCGUCACUCAAAGAAGAGCUUGUUAAAUGGCACGUAGAUAGCGUACGUCUUAUCGUCCAGCAAGCCUUCUGUCGCCUCCUGUGCAUGCCGAUAGGGUCUUGAACCAUGGCCUUGAUCCAGCGGUUGACAAGCAGCUACCGGCGCCGUUGGCGAAUGCUAUCCGCUCUGGAAGCGUUCCGGAAAACAUACUCAAGCACUCCCACGAUGCCGACGAAGCCAUGAAGGCCUUCGAAGGCCAUCAGGGCGAGGUGAUCCACAUCGACGAGGCAACAAACCGCCGACUGCUACGGAUUAUCGACUGGCACCUUAUCCCGAUCAUGUGCGUCGUCUAUGGUUUGAACUAUCUAGAUAAGACCACCAUUUCCUACGCUAGCGUCAUGGGGAUCAGGAAAGACAUCGGUCUUGUUGGCAACGACUAUCAAUGGCUUGGCUCCAUGUUCUACUUCGGAUACCUGGGCUGGGAGUACCCUACGAACCGUCUUCUCCAACGUCUGCCAAUUGGAAAGUAUUCCGCCUGCUGCAUCAUCGCCUGGGGCCUCGUACUCACCUGCUUCGCCGCGGUCAAGGACUUCGGCGGCGCGGUAGCCAUACGUUUCAUGCUCGGCGUCUGCGAGGCCGCGGUGACGCCUGGUUUCGCUCUGAUCACCAGCCAAUGGUAUACUAGGAAGGAACAAGGCACACGGACUGGUAUCUGGUUUUCCUUCAACGGCUGGGCGCAGAUCCUAGGUGGCCUUGUCGCGUAUGGCAUCGCAGUCGGUACCAGGAAGCAUCCCGCGAGCAUUGCAGGCUGGAAGAUAGUCUUCCUGGUCACCGGGCUAUUGACCGUUGCGAUGGGGGUAGUCUUCCUCUUCAUCGUUCCCGACAACCAGAUGAACGCUCGCUGGCUGAAGAAGGAGGACCGCAUCCUCGCUAUCGAGAGAAUUCGAACGAACAAUCAGGGGGUCGGUAACCGACACUUCAAAUUCUAUCAGGUGCGCGAGGCCUUACUUGAUCCAAUCACGUGGGCGUUCGUAUUUUACGCAAUCAUCGCCGACAUACCGAACGGCGGAAUUAGCAACUUCUUCUCCCAGCUUAUAGUGAGCUUUGGAUACACAUCUGAACAAUCUUUGCUUUAUGGCACACCAGGCGGGGCCGUCGAAGUCGUUACGUUGAUACUUGGUGGCUACUUGGGCGAUCGCUUCGGCAACCGCAUCGCCAUUGCUUCCUUGGGCUUGUGCUUGAGCAUCAUUGGGAUGUGCCUGAUCGUUGGUCUUCCUCUCGACAACCUACAUGGCCGGCUAGCAGGCUACUACCUUACGCAGGCCUCCGCCAUGCCCUUUGUCGCCUUCCUGUCUCUCAUCUCGUCGAACAUCGCAGGAUAUACGAAGAAGACGACAGUCGCCGCGCUGUAUCUCAUCGGGUAUUGCGUGGGCAACAUCAUUGGACCUCAGACCUUCCGGCCCAAGGACGCGCCCCGAUACGUCCCGGCAGAGAUUACCAUCAUUUGCUGCUGGGGUGUAUGUCUUGGCAUCAUGGCUUUCAUCUACUUCUGGUCACGAUGGCAGAAUGCGCAGAAGGCUAAGGUCAGGGCGCAGCCGGACUACGUCCGCUUGGAGAACCAAGAAUGGUUGGAUCUUACGGAUCGAGAAAACAGCGAGUUCGUCUACACUCUCUGAGACCGUUGCGAGACAGUUGACACAAUGACAGAGGUAAGGUGAGGUUCGAAGGAUGGAACCAUGCGGGCACACUUGGCACGGCGAACACAUUGGGUAAAUUCA